GUUAGCACAUCUGUCUAUUUGGCGUUGUAUGGAUAUAACAGAGUGAGAGAAAAAGAAAAUGAGAUUUGAACAAAAACUGCGUCAAUAAAUCAACAACGUGGUUUGGUGGCACAUACAAAAAAAAUCAAAUCAAAUAGUUUCUAGGGUUUCCAUUCAUUCAUUCUUCCCUCCAAACACCCGCUCCCAACAAAGCGGGUUCACCCCUUCUUCUCCAUUUUCGUUAACUACAAGAUUUGUGUUCAUUUGGUUGAUCUAAAGGGGGUGAAUAUAGCAAGGAGGGAGGUACGGCUUCAAUUCGAAUUCAAAUUCAAAUUCAAAAAAUUAAACCAUUUCAGAUUCUUCAUUUUGGAUUUUGUUAAUGAUUCAAAACUGAAUGCAUUGUUGUAUUAAAUGGAUUCGGAAUCUUCUGAUGGUUCUUUAAAUACCAAAACAUGCAAAUGCCGGUAUUGUAAUUGCGAAUGUGGUUGCUCGGAGAUUUCGACGAAUUGGAUUCGUAAGGUGAAACGGAAACAUGACGAGAUGGAGAAGGCGAGGAAGUUGAAUAAUGGUGGUGGUGGUGGAGAUGGUGUUGUUCGCGUUGAAAUUGAGGAUGAAUGUGUUGCGUUACGAGAAGCUGUUAGUAGUCAGCAGAAAGCGAUUCAGGAUUUGUAUUCUGAAUUGGAGGAGGAGAGGAAUGCUGCUUCGUCUGCAGCGAAUGAGACGAUGUCGAUGAUAUUGAGGUUGCAGACGGAGAAGGCGGAGCUUGAGAUGGAAGCGCGGCAGUUUAAGCGAUUUGUUGAGGAGAGGACGAGUCAUGAUCAGCAGGAGCUUUUAGCUUUGGAGGAUUUGUUGUAUAAAAGAGAGCAGGCGAUUCAUUCGCUUACUUGCGAAGUUCAGGCUUAUAAGCACAGGUUGAUGAGUUAUGGGUUGACUGAGUCGGAGGUGGAUGGUGAUUGUGAGUUUCCGCCUUAUGAGUAUCCUCCUUUGAAAUGUAAUGUGGUGUAUGCUGGUGGGGAUGUUGAUAAUGAUGAUGUUUUUGAUGUUGAUGUUGAGAAGUAUGCGUUUGGGGAAACUCCGAGGGAUCGUUUGAGGAGCCUGGAGAAUAGGAUAUCUCAAAUGGAGAAAACUCCGACUUAUAGUCAAAUGGACGGGGAUUUCAAUACGAAGAAUGUUAUAGAGAAGGUGAUUGUUGGACAAUCUCCUAGAAGGAAUAAACAUUCGAGGAAAUUUUCAUGUGACUCGUCUUCUUUUGCCCCUGAGUUUGUUUCGGAUUCUCCGAGGAUCACUGGUAGCUUUAGGAAAAUGGAUUAUAAUGCGUCAGAGGAUUUUUCCAAUACGAAGAAGAUGGAUAAUGUAUCUGAGGCUGGUGAUAAUAUGACUGAUAGAGUUUACACUGUUGACUCUGAAUUCAAAGGGGGAGUUGGUGGUUAUGAUGAGUAUUCAUCAACUCCAAGGGAGUUUGGAAAUCAGGGUGAUUUUGAAGAUCCUUAUGUAAAGAAGCUUUACACGAGGCUUCAAGCACUUGAGGCAGAUAGGGAAUCAAUGAGACAAGCAAUUAUUUCAAUGCGUACCGAUAAAGCACAACUUGUUUUGCUCAAGGAAAUAGCUCAACAUCUGUGCAAAGAGAUGUCGGACCAGAGGAGAGUAACUGUGAAAACCUUUGUUGGCGGCUUCUCAUUCUUCACAAUUUUUAAGUGGGUGGCUUCAAUUGUUUUAUGGAGAAAGAGAGGUCAUCAAAUCAAGUAUAUGUUUGGGCUACCAUCUAGCGACGCCGGCUUGCUAAUGCUCCUUGACAAAGGACCCCAGCUAAGGUCGUGGAGAUAUGUUUCAAGAGCACAGACAGAAGAAUAGUUUACAUGCUGGGAUCAUACAACGGAGCACCAAAUGAAUCUUCAUCACACUAUGCUACGUUUUUCUUAAAAUUUCUUUUUCCGCACAGAUUUUUUCGUAGGAGUGAUGUCUUGUGCAGUGUUUUCUGUUGUAUGAAAUUGAAUGUGAUAUUGUAAUUUGUUGUUGACGGCUGAAACAUGGAUGUGAAUUGAUGCUUUGUUGUAGUAGAGAAAGUAUAUAUACCUUAAAAUAGACCUAUCUUGUACAUGAUAUAUUCCAAGUGUCUUCAUUCCUUAGUACAGUA